AUGCAUAAUAUAGAUUUUGAAUAUGAGGAGCCAGUCGAGAAGCGUUUUGAUGACCUCUGCCAGGAUUUGUGUAUAGAUGGUUCUAUAAGAGAGGAAGCUUGGGAAAAAUAUAAAGAUGUUUGGGCAAAUUAUUCGAUUGAUGGUGAUCAAAUCCAGUGGCUUGUUUGCUCUCUUUACGAAUGUUGCCGCCGUUGUCUGUCAGACGAAAUUUCUGGACAUGUAGAUAAUACUUAUGUAUCCUUGUCACGAUUGUUGUCUGCAGCCAAAAUGAGCAUGGUCCAGUUUUUUCAUCGUAUUAGGAAAUGGGCAGACAUGACUGACAUGUUGGAUGAUAUGAGAGAUCGCAUUGAGCUGCUUGAACGUCAGUUUUCUGUUUCCUCGGUGAUAUUUCGUAAUUUUGGUCGGUCGUUCGGCGUAUUGUUUUCUGACGUUGAUUAUGAAACCAGUCAAAUGCGCCCAACGGGUUCUGAUUUAUUUAGGUUUACAUGGCUGUUAUUCAUCAAGUCUCGAGCAAGUUUUCCUGCAGUCACUGAUGAUUUAGUCAAUUCCUACCACUUACUAGCCUGUUGUCUAGAUUGGACUCUUGGCGCAGUUAUGCUUUCGAGAAGACGUGAUUUGAUCAAUAUGGAACAGAAUGGUUUACCUCGAGAUUUUCUAACUUCAGUUGCUCAAAAUAAAACUUGGUGUCCACCUCAUGAUGAACCAACUUGUAUGCUACGUCCAAUAUGCGAAGAUAAUGAUGUUAAUUAUGUGGAGUGUAAAACUGUAAAAGAACACUUUUUUCGACCAUUUAUGCUGAGGUUAAUUGAAAAGGAUUUGAUCAAACUUCACCCUUCAGUCCUUGGUAGUUUAUUGGAACAAGAAAAUUUCGAAAUAACAGUUCAAAAUUUAAACAAUAACUAUGAAGAAUAUAUUAUUGGAACGGGAGACUUUGAUGAACGUAUUUAUCUGAGUCCAAAUGCAUCAGAAGAGAUUGGAUCAAUCGGAGAAAGUACUGUUCAGUCUGAUUUUCAUUUACCUGUUGGUCUAACACCAUCUGCUCGCCGGUAUAUGGUCGAAGUUAGUAACUCGGGUUUUGGAGGUUUCACUGAGACCACACGGCGUGGAAAUGCAAAUGCUGGUGCUAUUAGUCGUCUCAACGGAGGUGUUAAUUUUAGCAAUCCUGAAGCUCGGAGUCAAAAUCUCAAUCAAUUACAAAUUUUAUUAAACGGUCGAAACAAAGAGCCAAGUGAUUCAUUAGUCAAUCUUAUCGAUACACAUUGUUCCACAUCGCCACUUUCCACAAUUCAUGAAAGAUUAAAUGAUUUAGGUGAACAAUUUCAACGAGCUUAUGCUGGAUUAAAAUCAACCAAUAGUACUAGUGGUGUAACAAUUACACCUACAACAACAACAGCUAAUAGUUUAGCUAUUUCAGCUGCACAACAACGAUUACAAUUAUGUUAUCCAUUGUAUUAUAUGGCUUUAGAAAAUAUUCUCAUGGAUGAAAUUCGUAGAAUUGAGAAAAGAUUAGCUACUUCUAAUCCUAACACUACCACUACUACUACUACUACUACUACUACUCCACUCUCCUCAUCCACUGCAAACAACGUGAAUCAAACACAUCGUACUUCUCCUGAUCUUACCACACUAUUAGCGCAAGAUACAUUUCAUCGGGCUUUGUUUAUUUGUUGCAUGGAAAUAGUUAUGUUAUGCUGUGAUCCACCUAGUCAUCAUUUUCCAUGGAUACUUGAAGCGUUGAAUCUUGACUCUGUUCAAUUUUUUAAAGUCGUCGAAGUAUUAGUUCGUAACAUAGAUUUGCCGCGUGAAAUUGUUAAAUAUAUGAAUCAAGUUGUUGAAUAUAUUCUAGAUUCAUAUGCAUGGCGUACAAAAUCUUCAAUAUGGUCAGUACUUAAAGCCACAGGACGAGCUCCAUCUAUUGAAGAAGUUAUAUCGCCUGAAAAACUUGAUCAAGGUUCUAAUGAUUGUUACACACGAACUACAAGUACUAUAUCUCCUGGUCGUAAAUUGUUAACCUCCAAUGUAAUAUCUGCCAAAAACAUAAAACUCUCUCCAAGUUCUUAUGCUAAACAACCUCGUCUUACAGGUAGUAUCACUUCUAAAGUACCAAUUAGUCGACAACAAAAUAUUGAAUUUCCAACCAACCAAACUGCUAUCUAUCGACUACUUUCAUCUGGAGUUGACGAUGAAUCUGCUCAAGCAGCAGCUCAACUACUUGCAAGUGGAGCUACUGAAUCAGAUAAUGCGAAUAUCGAUGUGAAACCAAUAACAGAACAAUUAGUUGAUGAUUAUAUUGUUAACUCUGCAAUUACUGUGACUACUACAGUCAGUACUACAGUUAACACUAGUAGUACUGUUGUUGCGCCUGUAUCAUCUGGUUCAGGAAAUAUAAUGAAUUAUUUCCCUACUCGACAUGAUUCAAUUGCUAUAUUUUUCCGACAAACAUAUCAAGUAGCCAGUUUACGUUUAAGAGAUUUAUGUGAACGUUUAAAUCUUACUCGUGAACUUAUGGCAAAAAUUUGGACAUGUAUAGAGCAAGUGAUUGUGCAUGAAACGGAAUUACUUCGAGAUCGUUGUUUAGAUCAAAUUAUAUUGUGUUGUCUUUAUGGUAUAUGUAAACUUGUUCUCUAUCGUCCGCUUACAUUUGUUGAUAUAGUUCAAGUGUAUAGAACACAACCUCAAUCUUAUCGAGAUAUAUAUCGUCGUGUACUCAUCAAUCGAGUUUCUUAUGGUCGUGGCAAUACGGAAGAACGCGGUGAUUUGUCUCGAUUUUACAAUUUUAUUUUCUUACCACAAAUGAAAGAUUUCAUUAAAAAAGCAGCCGCUGUACGCUCCACAUACAAUGAAACAGAUCCUAAUAGUCGUACAGGACAUCAUCAUACAUUAGGCGCUGAUUCAUUAUCAACCGAUAAUAACAGUGUAUUAAAUCAAUGGACACUUCAUCCAUCAUUAUCUCCAAUGCCUAUACAAGUAAAUAAUUUAGCUUCAAAUUCUGCUGCGGCAAUCAAUUUGGGUCUUGAUACAACAGCUACAUCAGGAGAUAUGCAAGCUAAACGUUUAGCCAGUAAUCGUAAUAUAUUUAUCAGUCCAGUUAAACAACAAGUAAAUUUAUCACCGAAAAAAGUUAUUUUUACAAUUGGUCGUAGUACUGGUAAAGAUUUACAAGAUGUCAAUCUAAUGAUAAGCUCUGCUGAACGUCGUGCUUCAAUGGCCAAUUUAACAAUGGGUUUGAAACGUCCUGCAGGUGGUGGCAGUACAACUACUACAUAUGUUGCUAAUCCAUCUGGAUUUACAGUCACUUCAGGUACAAGUUCAACACCACGUACAGUCACACUAGUUGGACCAAGUGGAUUUACUGCAAAACGUAUAGAUUUUGAUAUGUAA